GGAAUCAGGGAAAUGCUUGAGAAGAAAGUUCAACUAUUUUUUGAUGAAAUAUUUUCAUUAUUUUUACAAAGAAAUCAUAAUCUCUUCAGCAUCUUGACAUGCUCCUAACCCUCACUUGAAACUGAAAAAAAGGUUGAAUGAAAAGCGACUGUCAUCUUAUUGCUAACUAACUAUAUAUUUAUAAAAUAUACUCAUAAAUUUAUAUAAAUACGUAUACUCGGUAUAUAGGGUUGUUCAAAAUUCUUAAAUUUUGUUCAUUAUUCAGAAUCACUCAACAGCUAAACUUGACUUUGUAACUUGAACAAACUGUUGUUAGAAGCCAAAUUUCCCAUUCAAGUCUAACAUCUCUUUACAAUACCAUCUGCUUAUUUGAUUAUAAUUUUGUUUUAAAAUUUACUAAUGUUAUGUCCAAGAGUACUGUCCAUCUGAUAAUUUGAUAACUUCUUGAUCCAAUUGAGUUUGACUUUGCAAAUUUCUGAACGAAAUUAAGUUUGCAUUGUUUGGCGAUUUCACGGACAAAAGCAACCAACAAUAAUCAACUUUAGAAACAUUUCAGGUGAAACUUUGUCCGAUAAUUUUGUGGUUCCAUCUUUUUGUUUCGUUGGUUUUCUGGCCUCCAUUGGAAUAAACUUGUUCCCAAAGCUUCAGAAUACAGCAUUUUCCUAAAAACCUACAACAAAUUUUACCUGAUUGAUUAGAGCGAAAGGCAAUUAGCUUUUAAAAUGGUUAAAAGUGGAAUAGAGAUUCAAGUUAUUUCUUACAUCAUGAUGUUCUGGUUUAUUUUACAUGGACAAGUUAACUCUCUUGAUUGCAGGAGACACGUUUUUGCUCCAGGAUGUCGAGGUAUUGUUGCAAAGAGGACUCAUCAAAAUAGCAUUAAAUUUGAAGAUCCUUCGAAAAAACUUACAGCAUCAAGUGAUGAAGAUUUGAUUGAAUCAAUUGGGUCCGAUUCACUGCAAAUGAAACGUUUCUCUUUACCUUUUGUUUUUAUGGUUAAUCGCAAACCAAACGUAAUCAACUCACCAGAUUAUAAUAACAAUAAUAAUUUAAAUAACAAUAAUAUUAAUCCGUCUGCUUGGUUAUUUAGUUUAACAGGAUCAAACAACAAUCGCAAUUCCAAUCCAUUAACAACAAUCAUCAACAGUUCAAAUCAAAAUAAUGAUCCAUCGACGAGUGAUAACUUGGAAUAAGAUGGUCGCAAAUCCCAACAAUAUGGCAGUAAUUGAGUGGAAAACUGGUGCAACUAAACAAAAGUCUAUUGACAAUGAUCAACUUAAUCAACAUUAUGCUUUCUUUCUUAAACAAAUGCUUUCAGUUUCCGUUAUUCAAAUCUUUUCAAUUGCUUCACUUUAAAUUAUUUUUAUAAAACAUGUUUUAAUUUAUUUUGUGUUUAUUUAA